UUUAAAUGGUCAUACAAAUAUCAGGCCACAGUCAGGUUUCCAUAAAAACAAAAUUUAUGCCUCUUUAGCAACCGUAACUCACACCGUAACUUAUUGAUCUUAAUUGUCAAAAUUUCAGUCAAAAAAAAAUUAUUUCAACUUUACGCUUAUCAAAAUUUAAGUGAGAACUGAAAAGAACAAUGCCUUCGUUUGUGAAAAAGGACGAGGAUGUGUCCAAAGAAGUAACCAGAAAGUUGGCUCAACGAGUUGUUUCUACUCUAAAGAGAAUUGGCGCUUCCAAGAAAAUUACCCUGAAAAAUGUCCAGCAAUAUAUCAGAGAGGAAUACCCCAAAACCCCGCAGAAGCUAGCCAGACUGAACAAUGAACUUGAAAAGGCUUUGUCUAGUGGAGUUGGACAAAGAACAUCAAAUAAUUAUCGAAAACCGCAAACCGUCACAAGUCUGAUAAUGGAAGCUAGAAGAAGACGCCGACGCCGUAGACACACAGGUCGUAAAGGUCGCAGAGGACGUAAGGGAAGAAGUCGCAGCAGACGUAGGGGAAGAAGUCACAGCAGAAGCAGAAAAUGAACAGAAAAAUUCAAAUUAAAAUUUGUGGGUUUUUUUUAUCGUGAAAAUAGCUGCUAAAAAAUAUACUUAGAUUCUUCAUGCGCUUUA